GACCCGCUCUGGGCGAGUCAUGCUCUUCUCAGCAACAGGCGCCCGGAUACAUAAGGGGGUAGAAUACCAGCUUCCUGUGGGCAGGGAUGUUGUUGAGCCUGUGGAGGGAUGUGCAUUUAUCUGAACAGAGCUCAGGUUGGGCCAGUUUGGUGCAGCAAGGUCGGUGAGCAAAGGAGGGGUACGUGGCCCGGGUGAGAAUGGGUGAGAGGCUUCACCUGCAGGUGUCUCAGACCAUGCCUGGCUUUGAGCUGCUGCUGUGGCCCCAGCCUCCCAGUGCAGCCCCAGGCUGUGCAGAGAAACAGCCACUGGCCAUGGGGCCAGCGCCAGGGAUUGAAGAGCAAACCAACAAGGUGUCACCUGGAAGGGAUGCUACCAAGCCGUGCACAGUCAUCUCUCCCCAGUGGGACCCUGCCAUCGAAGGAGCAGCAAAACAGAACCCCCAGUUUGGACCUGAACCCCAGGGAGAGACUCCCAUAGGCCCUUGGGAGGAGGAGGAGGAGGAGAGUGAAGGAAAAACAGUGCCUCUGUCAGACGGCCCCAGAGAGGGGUUGCAGCUGCCCCGGAGUACCCCGUCUGUAGGUCCGGAUAGUCCAAGCCCCAGUGACAUGGCCUCCUCACCCAUGACUCCUGGUAGGGGCCCAUGGCUCAGCCCCCACUUGGCUAACAAAUCCUGUAAGCUGUUUGGCCCUGGGCGUUUCCCCAGUGUCAAGAGCUUGUCUCCCCAAGCCCACCAGGGUGGAGAGACAGAGCCUUCAGGCUUCACCAAGCCUCCCAGGGACAGGAGGAGCCCAAAGAGCACUGCCCAGCACCUCUCGAGGCACUACCUUUGUGCGGUGUGCAGCAAGGCCUUCCUGCAGCUCUGCCAUCUGAAGAAGCACCGGUUUGUGCAUGCUGGGCACAAGCCGUCCCUCUGCACAGAGUGCGGCAAGAGCUACAGCUCUGAAGAGAGCUUCCAGGCCAACAUCCUGGGACAUCAGGGAGUGCGGCCCUUCCCCUGCCCCCGAUGUGACAAGGCCUAUGGCACCCGCCGUGACCUAUGCCAGCACCAAGUGGUACACUUGGGUGCCCGCCCCUUCACAUGUGACCGGUGUGGGAAGGCCACCCGACGGCCUUCCUUACGGCCCCACCACAAGACGCACCAAGUGCCUGCCCCCACCCCGUGCCCCUGCCCCAUCUGCAGAUGCCCCCUGGCUAACCGAGGCUCCCUGCAGAACCACAUGUGCUUCCACACGGGAGAGAAGCCUUUCCUGUGCCCCUAUUGUGGCCGGGCCUUCCACCAGUAUGGUAACCUGUGGAGACACCUGCACCUUCACACUGGCUAUAGGCCCGACUGCUGCCCGCACUGCACGGAUGCCUUCCCUCAGCUGCCAGAGCUGCGGCAACACCUAUCUCAUAGAGGCGAGGCCCUUCUCUGCCUAGUGUGUGGCAAAGCCCUGCGGAAUCCCCACACACUCCGAGCCCAUGAACACCUGCAGUCUGGUGAAAGGCUCUUUUCCUGCCCACAGUAUGGCCAGGCAUACACUCUGGCCACCAAGCUGCGACGCCACCUCGAGUCUCAUCUGGCAGACAAGCCUUUCCGCUGCCCAACCUGUGGCAUGGGCUACACCCUGCUGCAGAGCCUCAAAAGGCACCAGCUCAGCCAUCAGACUAAGACCACCAGCAGCUUCGCCUCUGCCCCAGCCAAGCCGCCAAGCGAAGGGGAUGCCUCCCCCACCCCAGCCUCUCUCCCAGCGGAUGUCAUGGAAGUCACCAUUUUAGAGAAUGAGGACAGAUGCCUUGUGGUUCAGGAAGAGCCAGGCCCCGGACACAACCUGGUCGUCAUUCAAGAGAGUGGGGUGGGGUUCAGCACUGUGGCGUAGGUGACAGGAGCCCAACACAGCAGCAUCAGUGCCCAGGACGACGUGCCCCCAAGCACAUAA